CUUUCUCUCGCCGAGCGGCGCUCCUCAGCGGCAAGAUGGCGGCGGCGCAGCAGGGAGCCAGCGAUGGAGCCGCGCAGUUGUCGACGCCCGCGUCCGAUACUGACCCCCUCAGCCGCUUCACUUGUCCGGUGUGCCUGGAAGUGUUCGAAAAGCCGAUGCAGGUGCCCUGCGGACACGUCUUUUGCUCUGCAUGCCUGCAGGAAUGUCUGAAGCCGAAGAAACCUGUCUGUGGGGUGUGUCGCAGCGCUCUGGCACCUGGCGUCCGAGCUGUGGAGCUCGAGCGACAGAUCGAGAGCACAGAGACUUCUUGCCAUGGCUGCCGUAAGAAUUUCAUCCUAUCUAAGAUCCGAGCCCACGUGGCUUCAUGUUCCAAAUACCAGAAUUACAUCAUGGAAGGUGUGAAGGCUACCACCAAGGAUGCAUCCCUUCAGCCAAGAAAUAUCCCAAACCGGUACACCUUUCCUUGUCCUUACUGUCCUGAGAAGAACUUUGAUCAGGAAGGACUUGUGGAACACUGCAAACUGUCACACAGCACGGAUACCAAGUCUGUGGUUUGUCCCAUAUGUGCCUCUAUGCCUUGGGGAGACCCCAGCUACCGCAGUGCCAACUUCAUGGAACAUAUCCAACGCCGCCACCGCUUUUCCUAUGAUACUUUUGUGGAUUAUGAUGUUGAUGAAGAUGACAUGAUGAACCAGGUGUUGCAACGAUCCAUCAUUGACCAGUGAGCAGGGUCCUCACUGUCCACCUCAUUCUAGAGCUUCCAAUACGCAUUAGGUUGUGAGCCCUUGACUCUUACACCUCACAUGUAAUGCAGAUCUGGAAAUGAGCCAUGGCACUGGACGGGGUCACUUCUCCCAGAGUGACAAGGUCCUAGGGCAGAGCCCUGUUUUCUUUGGGCUCUUACUGACUUUGUCUUCCCCACUGGUAACCUUGUUUGUCCCAUGGUCUUCUCUCAUACACCUCAGAGCUUCUGUCCCUACAUUCAUCCUACUGCCCUGUGUUCGUCUCCUAGGUCCUCCUAGCCAGCCAGGCCCUUCCUUGGGCCGUGAAUAGCACAAUAAAAUAGGGACUCCUUUCCUUGGUCCUUGAGGUACCUGGGUUCUGCUGUGUACCAGGACAGGGCUGUGCUCAUCUUUUCCUCUUGGGUGACCUUGGGCUUUCACAAACUGAUGCUGGAAGUUUUGGUUACUGCUGUGUCCCUACACCUGUACAUCCAUAGAACUGAUGGCUUCUGUCUUAAAUGCCUGACAGUGCCUUUAUAGGAUAAGGUAUCACCAUAGAAAUGUAGUGGGAAUGUUGGGUAGCAAAGCUGGGGUGCAUUCAUCUGUAAGUGGGGAUAAAGUGGAGUAGUGUGGCUUUUGGUUCUCUGUCACUCUUGAGUGUUCCAGGUGGCUGGGUGCUGGGCCCCUCUGUUGGGUAUCUGCUGAUAGUCUUGCUCUGAAGAAUGAGAGCCCUUGGGUAAUGGGAGGAGGGAAGGCACUGACUAUUGUAUGUACUGCUUGGUAACUUGAUGAACCUGAGCAUUCCUGCUGUCCUACAGCCCUCCUUGCUCAAGUGUGUGUUUUAAAACCCUGCCUUUCAGUGCACAGGCUAUGGCAAAACCAGGGUCCUACCCACUUGUCUCUUCAAAGCCCCUGCUGGGAAGUUAAGGAAGCUAGGCCCCUGCCAAAGUUGAGAAAGGCAGUCUGCUGGAGGCUCUGUCGAGCAGCUGCUCUGCUCUAAACGCUGGAAGUCCAGCACAUUUACAGAGUACAGUAUGGGCACCACCAGGCCAAUCUGCAGAACAGACCCUCUGACAGACCUAGGGCUUGGGGGUAAGUCAUCUUUCCUGUCCUGUAGCUCUGGUGUAGCUGAGACUGCAUACACUAGUGUGCUUUUGACUCGUUCUUCCACUGAGGCCUCUGCCUGCCAGGAAGAGCUAGCUCAGAUCCUCCUAACCUGCAGAGUCGGGCAGAAUCACUUUCCCAGGGUUACUGUUGGAAGAGCCCAGACAUAACCACCUCUUCACUGUACCCUCUGGAAAGAUUUUCUCAGGAGACACCUGGAGGGAAGUCUGACUCAACCUUGACUUGAGGAACUGAGAAGAGCACAGCCAUACCACAGUGCAACAUGAACCUCUUGUCCUGUAUCACGUUCACUAACUAUUUCUAAUACAGCAACUUUCUGGAAAGUGUUGUGUUAUGUUCUGGCUUUUAAAAGGUGAAAUAUAAAUAAAUUUAUAAUUUAUCCAACCA